AUCUAUACUGGUAUCAGUGAUCUGUACUGGUUUCAGCGAUCUAUACUGGUAUCAGUGACCUAUACUGAUAUCACUGAUCUAUACUGGUUUCAUCGAUCUGUACUGGUAUUAGGAGCUGCUGUGUACUGCUUUAUGGGAUCUGUACUGGUAUCACUGAUCUAUACGAUACGAGUAUUCAUGAUGUGUACUAGUAUUAGGAGCUACAGUGUACUGGUAUCUGGGAUCUAUACUGGUAUCUGAGAUCUGUACUGGUGAUAAGCUGUAGUAAACAGAGUGAUUGAUAUGUGCAGUGUUUGUACAUUAUGAGUCUGAGGAAGUCUAGAAGUGUGGGCGUCUCCUCCUCUCUGGAUAACAGAAAACCAGAUGCCGAGUCGAGGAGAAAGAGGAAGAUGGCGGAGAUCACGCAGGCUCUGAACUCGACGCCCGUCAACGUGGCCAUGCUGAGGAGGCUGGCCAUCAGUGAAGGGGGGCUGCUGACCGACGAGAUCCGAUGUAGAGUUUGGCCCCGACUGCUUAACGUACCUGUAGAGAGCAUCCCGGAAACACUGGAUGAGGUGGAGCGAGAGAAUAACAAAGACUUUAACCAAGUGCUCCUGGACGUGCAGAGAUCCCUGAGACGAUUCCCUCCAGGGAUGCCUGACGAGCAGAGGGAAGGACUGCAGGAGGAGCUGAUCGAUAUCAUCCUGCGAGUGCUGGGGAAAAACCCUCAGCUGCACUAUUAUCAGGGCUACCACGACAUCGUGGUGACGUUCCUGCUGGUGCUGGGGGAACGCCUCGCCACCGCGCUGGUGGACAAACUCUCCACCCAUCAUCUCAGGGACUUUAUGGACCCCACCAUGGACAACACGAAACACAUCCUGAACUACCUGAUGCCCAUAAUAGAGCGGGUCAACCCAGAGGUGCACGACUUCAUGCAGCAAGCUGAGUUGGGCACCAUCUUCGCCCUGAGCUGGCUCAUCACCUGGUUCGGACACGUCUUAUCGGAUUUCCGCCACGUGGUGCGGCUGUACGAUUUCUUCCUGGCCUGCCAUCCGCUGAUGCCGAUCUAUUUUGCUGCCGUGAUCGUCCUGUAUCGGGAGGACGAGGUGCUGGAUUGUGAGUGUGACAUGGCCAUGAUGCAUCACCUGCUCUCUCAGAUCCCUCAGGAUCUCCCCUACGAGACACUGAUCAGCCGGGCUGGAGACCUCUUCGUCCAGUUCCCUCCGUCCGAGCUGGCCAAGGGUGCGAGUCGGGAACGCUCUCAGGAAACGGCCGCCUCCACCUUCACAGACUUCGACCUGGCCUCGGCGCAGCAGCACCCCGACGCCGUCCUCCGCCGCCGGAGAAAAGAACAGCAGCAGCAGAAACAGAGCGGCGUCGGCAGACCGCAGCCCGGCACGGUGGCCGUGAUCAGACCCACGGCUCGCCGGCUCGUCAGACUGGCGGUGAUGGGCAUCACCGUGGCCCUGGGGGCCGCCGCGCUGGCCAUAGUGAACUCCGCCCUGGAGUGGGCGCCUAAGCUCGACCUCCUGUUCCCGUAACCGGAGGAGAACUGUGUUUUUAUUUCUACUCACAGUCAGGGACGAUCAAAGUGUUUUCAUGUGACGAUCUGGAACGUUAUAGGGUUUACCAUAUAUGGAAAUCGUUUCCUGUCUGAGAUGAAUGCAGCGCUGGAUUGGUAAUUUUAUGGAUCGUAACUCUGUAAUCAGGUUUCAGUAUCACAAAUACAUAGGAAAAAAGCUUUUUAUUUAAAUGUGGGUGAAUCUGUGUCGUGCCACUGCGUUUCCGGGUGGCACCGAACCCACCACCACCAGGACGAGCCAGUAAAAUAAUCAAGAAGUGUAAAAAAAUGAUUUUUUAUUCACAUUUUUGACUUCCACUCUCAGUUAAAGUGAAUAUUUUAGCUCAGUUUUAUUAAUUGCUUCAUCCUGGUCAGGGUCACGCUGGGUCCUGUUCUCCUGGAAGCACUUGAUGCCGGGUAGGAACACCUUAGACAGGGCACCAAUUCAUCACAAGGCUUUUAUUCAAAGCGACUACAGUGCAAGCGAGGAUUAAGGGCCUUGCUCAGGGGUCCAACCAUGGUUACUUGGCAAUGGUGGGUCUUGAACCAGCGACCUUUUGAAUACUAGUCCACCUUAACCACUGAGCUACCACUGCCCAGUCAUGUCUGCGUACAUGCCUGAAGAGGGCGUGUCCACAUCAUUUUUGUCAUGUAGUGUAUAUUCAAGUGAGUGUGUUACCAGUCCAGUGUUUAAGUGACCAGCCAAUCAGAAAUCCACAAGCACAAUUAUUUUACAUAGUGUAGGAUGCAGGGUUCGAAUCCCCAGUGGUGCUAUCAGCCGGUUGGUUAUCUACAUACAGACAUGAUUGGCUGUGUCUGAGAAGAGGUGAGGGGUGGUGGCCUGUCCGGGGUGUGUUACUGCAUUGUAACAGGACCCACCACAACCCUGACCAGGAUAAAGUCGCAGUAAAACAUGAAAACGAAAUGGAAAAAUGAUGUUUUUCAUGGACGGUAAGUGAUUCUGAGGUGAUGAUAUAGGAUCGGUUUAGUUUACAGAUGAAUUGGUUGUAGAAUUUUAUAUUUUGGAUGUCGGCCGGUGGCUUUGAUUAAUCGCCGCUGUUUAA